AUGGCUCGUUCAACAUAUGCCAGGUAUCGUCGAAUCGAGUGCAUGCUAAUUUCGACAGCGCUGGUCGCCGUGGUGCCCAAGGACAAGCUCACGAUCAACGGGCCGACCAAGAGCUGGGCGGGGCUGGGGUCGUCGGGCAAAGCCGUGCACCGCAUCUUCUGCUCGGAAUGCGGCUCGCCCAUCGCCCAUGACCCGGAUGCCGCCCCGAAGAUCAUCGCCAUCAAGGCAGGCACGCUGGACACGGAGAUCAAGAAGAAGCUGAAGCCGGACACCGAGAUCUGGACGGUCAGCAAGCUGCCCUUCUGCCAGGAGCACUUGGCCAAGCCGUUCAAGCACAUGCCAGAGUAA